UUGCUUGAAACAAAAUGGCGGACAAUGUUGAGCUUGAUGACGAGCAAUUGUUGAGGAAACUUCUUGAGACUAUAGCAAGAGGGAAAGGAGACAGUUCCAGCUCAUCAGAGGGGAUACAAGAGAGCGUGGCUCAGCUUCUAGCAGCAGCUUUGAAUCAAGUCAGCCAGGAAACAGGCUCUGGUGAUAUUCUUGCGUCAAAUGAGGUCGAGAUAAAUAAUGUGGAUAACACAGUUGAGGUUCCCUCUUCCUCUGCUCCUACUGGUGGGAUCGCAACUGCUGAGCGACAAAAGAAUCUUGGAAUUAAGUUUUCUCCUGAGAUUCGACGCACAAUAGUUAACUAUCGUAAAGGAGGAAAGAGGUAUCGUGACAUUGCUAAGGAAUUGGGUGCUUCUGUCAGUGGUGUUCAAAAAGUCUGGGAAAGGUUUUUAUCAACGGGUACAAUCGGUGACAGAAAGCCUUCACUUCCUGUUGGUCGCCCGCGGAAAUUUGGUAAAACAGGAGAUGUGGAACCAUCACUACCAAGUACAGAAGAGAGAGAAGGAGAAGAGUAUAUAGAAACCUCAGCAACAGGAGAGUGCCCAUUGCAAGCAGUUCUCAUAACUGAUGAUAAUAAUAUCGAAGAACCAAUGGACGUCCCUGGGGCUACAGUUGAAGUGGUUGCUACAACCACCAACUCAAACCAACCCGCUUCAGUGACUGAAAAGAAGAGCACUAAACGUAAAAUAACCACUCCCACUUAUAGAGAGGAGCUACUCUUAAAGUGAGUGAUUGGAACUUUUUUAUUUACAAAAAAAUUUCCGAAUUUAUUUAUUCUUCCCAAUGAUGAGAUCAUCCUUGCGCUCAGAGUGCCAUAGCAAUUGUUUGCUAUGAUACCAAGAAGACAAACUGGGACCUGGUAUUCAUUACUAGGGCAGAGGGAAACUGAUAGAAUUACAAUAAUGUUCAUUUGUAACCUUGAAUCUUAAUUUUGCAUGUACAUGCACUCUUGAU